AUGAUGGGCAGUGUUGGGCUGAAUCUGAGGGAGACUGAGCUGUGUCUUGGUCUUCCCGGCGGUGAUACGGCGUCCCCGGUGACUGGAACCAAGAGAGGAUUCUCAGAGACGGUUGAUCUGAAGCUGAAUCUGAACAAUGAACCUGAAAGCAAGGAAGGAUCUAAGAGCCACGACGUCGUGAGUGCUAUUUCCAAGGAAAAGAGUUCAUGUCCCAAAGAUCCAACCAAGCCUCCUGCCAAGGCACAAGUUGUGGGAUGGCCACCGGUGAGAUCAUACCGGAAGAACGUGAUGGGUUCAUGCCAAAAAUCAAGCAGUAGCGCGGACACGGCGGCGUUUGUGAAGGUGUCGAUGGACGGAGCACCGUACUUGAGGAAAAUCGACUUGAAGAUGUAUAAGAGCUACGACGAACUCUCUGACGCUUUGUCCAACAUGUUCAGCUCUUUUACCAUGGGAAAAAAUGGAGGAGAAGAAGGAAUGAUAGACUUCAUGAAUGAGAGGAAAGUAAUGGAUACAGUGAGUAGUUGGGACUAUGUUCCCUCUUAUGAAGACAAAGACGGUGAUUGGAUGCUCGUCGGCGACGUCCCUUGGCCAAUGUUCGUUGAUACAUGCAAGCGUUUACGUCUCAUGAAGGGAUCUGACGCCAUUGGUCUCGCUCCUAGAGCAAUGGAGAAGUGCAAGAGUAGAGCUUGAAGUUGAAAGAUUAAGAGGUAAUGGUUUUUCGAUAAAAAAAAGAGAGGUAAUGAUCAUGUAUUUGAUUAAACACAUUGAUGAGUGUUAAUUGUGGGUUUUACUAUGAAAAUCUUUGUUUCAAAUCUACAUUUUUAUUUUAAUUGUCUAUUUUGAUAUGAAUUAUAUGUUGGGUGUGUAGAUACGAUUUAUAUGCUAUACUUAUAAGUAAUGAACUUAAGUUAAAUAUGUGAGACGUUUGUAAUAGAACAUAUGUAAUAAUUUUGAACAUCUUUUGUGUUUGUCUU